AUGAUUGUGUACAUUGAACAAAUAUUGGUCCAAAUUGCUCAUUUCUCUUGCUGGCGCUGGUAUACUGAUACUCUGUUUCCACCGGAAUCCAUGGCCGAUGAUGGCCAACAGGCUGUGUUGGAGGAUGAGGAGGCUGUUAGCCUACUGUUACAUCUCCGCCCCAAAUUGGAUCCUGCUUCUCCCGAGUUCCUAGAUGCCACUCUGGGAUUCCUUUCUACCACAGGCUCUUAUGAUGCUGAUGAUGACGACGAUGUCCCUCUGAUGCAAGAGUACCUGAAGAUGGAUGAGAAAAUAAUGGGUGAUAUUGGUUUAGUCGGACGCAUUAAAGGUAUUUAUAUGGAUGCAUCAGCAUACAAGGGUAGUCUUUUGCCCAAGGAUGACCGGGAAUUUGCGUUUGGUAUCUUCAUUCCAAGGAUGUGGUAUCUUAAAGCUGAGAUUUUCGUGGAAAUCACUGCCACCCUCCGGCAACAUUUCCAGCAAGUGGACCAGACCUCUUGCUGGACAGAUUCUAUGGAUGACCUAAAGAAUGCCCUUCUUCAAAGGUCCAAGUUCCUGCAAGAGAAUGCUCAUGUGGACGGAACCAGAAACAGAACCCUACGUUGCAUCUAUCAAUAUCUGCAACAACUUUUCUGCUUGGAUGACCAUCUGGAAGCCGUGCAGCAGAUCAUCUGUGAAAGACUCCUAGACGAAGAUGAAGAAAGUUCGUUGGAGUUCAUUGAAAGAUUUCCUAAGCAGCUCCAAUCAAUCAUUGGUGAUGAGGAUGCCUACAGGCUGGCCGCCAAGGUCUGCGGUUUCAGAAUUGAUUAUGUGAAAGAAUGA